AUGCCUGACUUCAAGUCGGUUCAACCGCUUCCGUCAUCGCCUCCUACACCUCGCAAAAGCACCACCCAGAGCUCUGCAAGCUCCAGUGUCAGCAAGGUCGCGCCAUCGUCUCCCUAUGGGAUAACAUUGGAAGAGGUCCGAAAGCUCAAUCAGGACCAAAUGACGGAGGCAAACCUUGAGGAGCUAGCUCGGAUAGGAGGCGUAAUUGCAUUGGCCACACUGUUGUGUGUGAACGUGGAGCACGGUUUGCCUCGAACCGAGAUUGACACAAACUUCACGGUUCGACGGGAUUUAUUUGGCCGGAACCUCUUCCCAGAGUCUCCAAUGAAAGGCUUGUUUCGGCUUUUUGUCGAGAGCUUACAAGACACGACGCUGAUCAUCUUGAUCAUUGCUGCUAUUGCUUCAAUGGUUACCGGCUACAUGGAGCACCCGGAGACUGGCUGGAGCGAAGGAGUUGCAAUUUUACUCGGAGUGAUCCUCGUAGCUGUCGUGACGUCAAUCAACAACUACACGAAGGAAAAACAAUUCCGUGCUCUCAGUGCGAAAAACGAUGACGUGUUGGUGAAGGUUCUUCGAGACGGCAAACCUGAUCAGGUUCCCGUAGGAGAAAUAUCCGUGGGUGAGGUGAUCAUCCUUGAAACAGGUGACAGAGUGCCUGCGGAUGCUGUUCUUAUUAACGGGAGCGAUCUAAAAUGCAACGAGUCCAGCCUUACGGGGGAACCUGAUGAUGUGAGUAAGGUGCACAAGAAGGACCCCUUCCUGCUUUCGAGUUGCCUUGUAGCCAGCGGUCGUGGGGAAUGUCUAGUGAUCGCUGUUGGUUCUGAGAGCCGCUGGGGAAAAAUCAAGUCCAAACUGGUCUGCGAGCAGAAAGCUACGCCUCUUAUGGAGAAGCUAGAAGAAAUGGCAAAGCAUAUCGGGUAUGUGGGCAUGGGUUUUUCUAUCGCAACGAUGGUGGCGAUGAUCAUCAUCUACGCCACGUCAGACGACAAGAAGCUGGAAUACUCGUGGCCGUCGUAUAUUUUACACACAUUCCUUAUCGGUGUCACGAUCAUUGUCGUUGCAAUUCCAGAAGGACUGCCACUUGCCGUGACGAUUUCGCUGUCCUAUUCAACGAAGAAGAUGCUUCGGGACAACAAUCUUAUCCGUGUUCUGGCUGCAUGCGAGACCAUGGGCAAUGUCACAAGUAUCUGCUCCGACAAGACAGGCACGCUUACGGAAAACAAAAUGACUGUGGUACAGGGCUGGGUUCUAGGCAAGUUUUUCAAGGACGAGCUUACGAACACAAGUCGAACGCAGUUACAAGUGAAUGAAAGAGCACUCGACGAACUUGCCGUCAACAUUGCGGUUAACACUAGCGCUUAUCUCAAGGAUGUCAAUGGCGCGCCACAGGUACAAGGUAAUAAAACCGAAGGCGCCGUGCUAUUGUGGAUGAACAAACUCAAGUUGUCCAUCACUGACCUUCGCCGAGAAAACUUUCAAAUUACACGUGGCGAUCGACUGUUUCCCUUCUCGUCGGAAAAGAAAUCCAUGGCUGCAAUUGUCAAGCGCAGUGAUGGAACUUGUCGUCUCUAUUCCAAGGGAGCCGCAGAGGUCAUUUUGACACGAGCAACCAAGUACAUUGACGUCGAUGGUCAUAUCCAGAGACUGACCUCAUCAAAGCGUGACGAGCUGAAUCGUAUCAUCAGACAAAUGGCCGAGUCUGCUUUACGCACAAUCUGUAUCGGUCACCGAGAUUUCGAGGCCGGAGAGCUACCAAGUGACUUGCAGUCGCUUCCUGAUGCGCCUGACCAGGAGCUAGUUGUGAACGCCAUUUUUGGUAUCCAGGACCCUCUUCGACCUGAUGUCACUGAUGCCAUUAGGGACUGUAAACGUGCCGGUAUAAUGGUACGCAUGGUCACGGGUGACAACAUCCACACUGCAUCAGCUAUUGCGAAACAAUGUGGCAUCAUGACGGAGGACGGUGUCGCGCUUGAAGGUCCAGUAUUCCGAUUCAUGAGUGUAGAAGAGGUGAGUAAACUCAUUCCCCGUCUUCAAGUCCUGGCUCGGUCUUCUCCCGACGACAAGUUUCGUCUUGUGAAUUUGCUGAAAGAUCGAUCAGAGGUUGUGGGUGUGACUGGUGAUGGCACAAACGACGCACCAGCUCUACGAACAGCAGACGUUGGUAUGGCGAUGGGAAUUACAGGCACCGAUCUUGCCAAGGAAGCGUCAGAUAUUAUUAUUAUGGACGACAAGUUUUCAUCGAUUCGGAAGGCUGUGUUGUGGGGACGUUGCGUUUAUGACAAUAUCCGCAAGUUCUUGCAGUUCCAGCUAACCGUCAACAUUGUGGCGCUUGUGGUUACCUUCGUGAGUGCCGUUACUGGUAAGGAACCACCACUAAAUUCGGUUAUGAUGCUCUGGAUCAACCUUAUCAUGGACACCAUGGGUGCUUUGGCACUUGGAACGGAAGCCCCCACGGAGGCACUACUUGAUCUACGUCCUUACAAGAAGAGUGCAAAGCUUCUUGGAAGAUGCAUGGUGAAGAACAUCAUUGUUCAGUCGCUUUUUCAGCUUCUCCUUGUUUUUUUAUUGCUCAUUUACGGCGCAGAACAAUUUGGUUAUCACGACGGUAACAAGUGUGUGUCUUGGAAAUACAGCGUUAAGUCCAGCUUUCCCACCCUCAGCAACGACACCUGCGUUACAGUAAACGGGGAUACAUGUUGGAGUUUAUCUUGCGACGACUACGCCCAGAACUCAACCGUGCUUGAGUAUCCGGUCGAUUGUCUGGACGAUACUUGUACUGCUUACGACUAUCGCCAUUACACUAUUAUCUUCAACACUUUCGUAUUCAGUCAGCUAUUUAACGAGUUCAACGCGCGGAAGACAAACAACGACUGGCGAGUUUUCAACGGUCUGGUGGCGAACCCUCUCUUCAUCAUGAUAGUUUUGAUCACGCUGUUCGUCCAGGUACUACUUGCUGAGUUCGGUGGCGACUUUAUUAAAACGAGUGGCAUUUCAUUUACGCAUUGGCUUAUUUGCUUCGGCUUCGGCGCUCUCUCCCUCCCUGUUGGUAUAAUAAUGCGCUUGAUUCCAGUGACCGAGUCUCCUGGCGCGUUUGCAAACCCGAAUGGUAUUUCUCAAGGAUGA